AUGAACAUAACGAGGGCGGCGAAAUCGGGUCUACGACCCUGCGGAAAUUUGUACAAAUUUUACAAUAACAAACAUUUUGGUGCCAUUUGCUUGAAUCCACAACCAUGUUCAUUUUCAAACAAUUUCUUUUACUCAAGUGUUGCUUCAAAUCAACUUCUUCCAAUAUCCCGUUUGACAACAAAACUAGAAUUUUCCAAUCCCCAUAUUCGACAAAUAUCUUACACAUCAUCAUUAUUAUCUGAAAAACCAUCUUCUAAAAUUGAAGAAACUGUAAAUGCUGUCAAAGAAAAAGCUCAAAAAGAAGCUGAAGGAAAAGAAGUUGCUACAAUUAAACCUACAAAGACAUUAAAACAAAAAGUUAUUGAUGAAGUGAUGCACUAUUAUCAUGGUUUUAAACUUUUGGGACUCAACGCGAAAAUCUCCUUUAAGUUGGCUCUUAAAAAAAUGAGAGGUCAAGAAUUGACAAGAAGAGAACAUAACUUGUUUGUUGAAACAGUGGCUGAUCUUUUCCGAUUAUUACCUUUUUCUGUAUUCAUUAUUGUUCCAUUCCUUGAGUUUACUUUGCCUAUUUUUAUAAAGAUUUUUCCUGGUAUGUUACCAACUACAUUUCAAACAAAGGAUGAUAAGGAAGCUAAACUCAAAAAAUCUCUUAAGGUGAAACUUGAAAUGGCAAAAUUCCUUCAAGAGACUUUGGACAAUAUGUCUGUAUCUGGUAAAGGACAUACAUGUGAAUCGGCUCAAGAAUUUGCAGACUUUUUUGCUAAGGUAAGGCAAGAAGGUACUGUUAUAUCGGCUGAUGAAAUACUGAAGUUUUCAAAACUAUUUAAAGACGAGAUUACCCUUGACUCACUUCCUCGACCACAGUUGGUUGCCCUUUGUCGAGUGCUUGAACUACGACCCAUUGGGACUUCAAACUUCUUAAGAUUUCAACUGACACUUAAACUACGCUCUUUAUCAAUUGAUGAUAAGGUGAUCCAAAAAGAAGGUGUUGAUCUACUGACAUUGAGCGAACUUCAACAAGCAUGUAAGUCUCGUGGUAUGCGUGCUUAUGGUCUCACUGAAAAACGUCUUAAACAACAGCUUACUCAAUGGCUAGACCUUUCGUUAAAUGAAAAAGUUCCUCCUUCGUUACUUCUUCUCUCUAGAGCAUUUAGCUUUACAGAAAAUAUUCCCACUAGUGAUUUAUUAAAGAAAGCUAUUUCUGCUUUGCCUAAUUCUGUUGGAGUAACGACUGAAGCCGAUCUAGGAGAACGUGAUGGAGUUAUAGAUAAUAAGGCUAAAUUGGAAGCAAUUAAAGAAGAAGAACGUAUGGUGAAAGAAGAAAUCGAAGAAUGUCUUGAAGAAAAGAAAAAAGAAUUAGAAGACGCCAAAAAGAAACCUAAAGAGCAAACUAUUCUAGCCAAAGACACUUUAGUUGAUACAGCACCUAUUUUAACCGACACAACUGGAAUCAAAGAAGAAAAUGUAACAUCAACUGAUUUGAAAACUUUAGAAAAUGCUAUCGAAAAUUUGAGUUCAGAGCAAAAAACACUUAUUGUUGAAAAAGAAGAGAUCAAAGAAUUGAAGGAUGAACUUAAAGAUUACCAAGAAGAUAUAAAUGAUCUUCAAGAAGUAAUGAAAACUGAGAAAAAAGAAAAAGUUAGAGAAUCUAAAGCAGCUAAACGAUUAUUUAAGAAAGUCAAUAAUAUGAUAAAAAAUAUGGACCAAGUAGUUGAUAAAUUGGAGACAAAAGAAAAAGAAAUUAAAAAAGGUAUUGAAACCAAAGAAUUAGUCGAUGAAAAUGCAGCAAAUGAAAGUGAAUUAAUCAAUAUUGAUGAGCUGAUUGGAGCAGUGCGAAAAUUACAAAAUAUACCUGAUGAAUAUAAACUACAACAAAUAAGUGAAGUGCUUAGUAAAAUUGAUGACGAUCAUGAUGGUUCAAUAAGAUUAGAUACUGUAUUGAAGGUAUUGGAACUGAUCGGUACUGAAAAUAUUAAACUAUCCACCAAAGAAAUGGAUAUGAUAACACAAUUAGUUAUCAGAGAGGAAGAAAUGGAAACUAUAGAAAAAAUGAACAAAAUACAAAAAUUGGAAAAAGACGAUGUAGCACAAGCAACAGCCCCCAAAGUAAUUACAUCUGAAACGAUUCCAAAAAUAACUGUAACACCAAUAAUUGAUUCAAAGAUUGUCUCUGAUACAAAAAUACCACCAUUGCCACCAACGAGUAGUACAAAAUCAGAUGAAACCAAAAAACUAUAAGUCAAUAAUACAAUAGGCUUUCAUAAAUCUAUACAAUCUUUCAUCAUUCAAAUAUGAAUACAAAUUCUUAAAAAAUGUGAUAUUGCAAUACAUUUCCACAGUUUAUGUGACUAAUGUGUUAAUUGUCCCCUACAAUUUAGUUUGUACAUACAGUUUUUAGUUCAGAACAAUUUGUUUAAUACUAAAGAAAAUUGGCUUCUGAUUGGUCCGUAUCUUUUUGUUAAGUACUAUAUUUUACUGUUAUUUUUAAAAAAAAAUAAUAAUGUGGAAUUCAAGUUCAUAUUUUUUUAUUA